AUGUCACCUGAAUCCACUGGAUUUUAUGGAUGUGGUGUUUAUAACGAUAGUCAAUACAUGAAUAUUCGUUGGGUUUACGUUUACGUUAAAGCAACACCUAGAAUCAGAAAAUUGAGAAUACACAAAUAUUAUGAACCAAAAGAAAUAGCUGAAAUUCAAAAUACUGUUGUAGCAUUUCAAAGCUCAAAUAUAAGAUCGACACUUGAAGAAUCAAAUCGGCAUCGAGAAAUUCGAAAUAUGACAAAUAUUUUCGGUGAUACGUCAUAUCGACAUUUCAUAGUAAAUAUAUUUGCUUGCUUGCCAUGGACACCAGCGAGAAAUAUCACGUUUACUGUUUAUAAUGAUGUUGGAAAUGAUUCCAUUGUUGUUCCUCUAUUAUCAGAUGACAACCCUCCUGAAUUUGGAAUUAGUGGUCCAAACAGAACAUUAGUAGUUGGUGAGGCGUUGGAAUUGAUAUGUAAAGCGUCUCUAACGAAUUCGGUAGAUAAAACGGAAUGGUUAUUUAACGAUUCAUAUGGAUUAUCAAAAAUUGAAGCAGAACUUAAUUCAAGAGUGAAUAUAAAAUUGUUAGAAUAUGAUGAUAUAUGCAUAUCAAUAUUGGCAAUAAGUUCAGUUGAAAAAUCCGAUGAAAAAAAAUAUUAUUGUAAAAUCGAAAAUACAGUGUAUAAUUAUAUGCUAAAUGUCAAUGAAUUGAGGAAACCAAAAUGCAAUCAUACAAAUAUGCAUAAAACCGUAACUGAGUAUAAAAUUGGUGGAAAAUCUACUGUGCUAUUAACAUGCUCUGUUGAUGGUGUGCCUGAGCCAACAAUUACUUGGUCGAUGAAUAAUGUUCGAAUAAAUAGGGUUUAUGGGAAGCUAAAUGACAUUUGUAAAUAUGAGUUUCAUAAUAACUAUCAAGACUUACAUAUUGGAUAUCUAAAUGAAAGUUGUUUUGGAAAUUAUUCAUGUAGAGCUGAUAAUAAUUUAGGUCAUUGGGAAACAUACCAGCAAAUAGUAAUAGAUGAUCCAACAAUAAGAAAUAUCGUAGCGUUUGGAGUUACAUCAGCGCUAAUAAUUACUACUAUUAUCUUAAUUUAUUUUUAUAUUAAAUUUCAAAAAGAAAAAAAUUUACGUAAACAACUUAUGGAAGGUGAUUUACAACCUUUGAAUCCAGAAUUGACUGUCAAUGAACAAGUUAAUCUAUUAGGAUAUGAUAAAAAAUGGGAAUUUCCACGUGACAAAUUGAAACUUGGCAAACAAUUGGGAAGUGGUCACUUUGGAAUUGUAAAGAAAGCCGAAGCACAAGAUAUUUAUAAUGAUAAUUCAACAACAAUAGUUGCUGUAAAAGAAAUUGAAAAAUCAACUGAAACGGAAAACAUACGAGCACUUGCAAAUGAACUAAAAAUAAUGAGUUAUAUAGGUAAAAAUGAUAAUAUUGUAAAUCUACUUGGUGCCUGCACUAAAAAUAUUGCCAAACAUGGAUUACUUGUUAUUGUUGAAUAUUGUCGAUUUGGUGAUUUACAUAAUUAUUUAAUUAAACACAGGAUGGAAUUUAUAAAUCAAAUUGAGCCUAUAACUGAUAAAAUUAUCACACUAGUAUUAUCGGAAGAUGUUGAUGAUCUGAAAAACAACUCAGCACAAUCAAAUUUUCAAUUAAAUAAUCAACGUGAUUAUUAUAAUAGAGAUAAGAAUUUCAAAAAAAUUUGUACACAAGAUUUGUACUCAUGGUCAUUACAAGUUGCCAAAGGGAUGGAAUAUCUUAGCAAAAAAAAGGUACUUCAUGGCGACUUGGCUGCACGAAAUAUACUUCUUGCUCAAAAUAAUAUAGUUAAAAUAAGUGAUUUUGGUCUAGCAAAAAAUUUAUAUAGAGAUGGCAUUUACAAAAAAAAAGGUAAUGCUCCAUUGCCAGUAAAAUGGAUGGCAAUUGAUUCUUUAAAAGAUGGAAAAUUUACAACUCAAUCAGACGUUUGGUCAUUUGGUAUUGUACUUUGGGAAUUUUUCUCUCUUGCUCAAACACCAUAUGCAGGAAUGAGCCCUGAAGAAUGUUGCUCAAAAGUAUGUAAAGGAUACAGAAUGAAAAAACCAGAAUAUGCUACAAAUGAAAUUUACAAUAUAAUGCGUAAAUGCUGGCUAGAAAAACCAACACUUAGACCAACAUUUACUGAUCUUGUCAAUGAUAUUGGUGUUUUACUUGAUAAUAUUUUCAAAAAAGAUAAUAACAAUUUAAACACACCACAUGUUGAUAUUAAAAACAGACUAGAUGAUGGUACAAAUAAUGAUUACUUGAUUAUGAAUCCUGCACCAAACCAUCCAACAUUAUCAUCAUCAACAAGUGACAAUGUCGAUGAACCAACAAUUAAUAUCAAUACAAAUUCAUCGUAUGUCUCCAUGAAUUUAACAAAUAAAAACGAUAAUUCUCAUGUUCAAUAA